AUGUCGGAGAACCAUGAUUUCAAGGCGCCAAGGCCUAUGACCAACAAGAAGGGACAAGACCCCAACCUGUAUUGUGAUUUCCAUAAGGAUACAGGUCAUCUGACUGAUGACUAUAUUAGCUUAAGGCAAGAAAUCGAAAAAACGCUGAAAAGUGGAAAGCUGGGUCAUCUAGUAAAGAAUGUGCGCAAAGAGACACGGCAGAUCCAGCGCAACGAUGAUGGAAGAGACAAAAAGGUCAGACGCUUAGAAACACAUAUGGUCAACGGACCACCAUAUAGCGCAAGAGAUAAACGCAAGCGACCUUUCGAACCAACAUGGCAAGAGCAACAGGUUAUCUUCCCAGUAAUGCGCAGGGGUCCACGCGCAACGCGCCCCGUCGUCAUUACCGGCAUUAUCGGCCAUUACAAGACAGAUCACGUAUUCAUCGACCCAGGAAGUACAGCAGAUAUCAUCUAUGAGCAAUGCUUUAAUCAGUUCGACGAUGAAGAUAAAGCAAGACUUGAGCCGGUCGAUUACCCUUUGUCGGGAUUCUGCAAUGAAAUGGUCUUCCCACUAGGCCAAAUCAGCUUCCCCCUCACGCUUUCUGACGGGAAGCACUCAAGAACAACAAUGGUCAACUUCAUGGUAAUGCCUGUCAAAUCAAGGCAUGAUGUUUUGAUCGGGAGCGAAACCCAAGGCGAAUUAAACAUGGUAACUUCCACACCCCACUCAGCCAUCGGGUUUCCAACCGAGACGGGGGUGGCAAUUAUCUAUGCAAAAAAGGAAGUAAUGUUGCCAGAUAAAUUGCGCCCGACAAAAGCACCAAAAGUCUCAGCAACAGAACCAAAAAAUGGGUUUUAA